UUCAAGUUUAAAAGCCACCGUCAUGCUUGAGCAGACUCUCAAGGCCAUUGGCCUUAUCUGGAUCCUCUAUUCUGCCUACAAAUUCUACGACGCCAUUGCGAUAUGGAUUCUCCCUUCUGUAUCACUGAAAAAAUAUCAGAGAAAGGGCUCAUAUGAGUCCUGGGCACUCGUUACCGGCGCCUCCGCCGGCAUUGGACUGGGAUGCGCGCAAGAACUCGCGCUUCAAGGAUUCAACAUUGUUUUACUGGGUAACAACGAGGACGAACUGGAGGACGCCCGCGCUCUCAUCGAAUCGGAGUGUCUCCGUCGACACAAGGACGAGAUCGCCGUCCGCAUCCUCAAGGUCGAUGCCAUCACCAGCACACCCGAAAAGAUACAGGCUGCUGUCGACAACAUGGAUGACUUGAAGAUCACUGUAUUGGUCAACAACGUCGGAGGUGUGUCCGCUCGGCCGCCGGCGAUCUGGCAUCUGCAAGACUUCACUGCCGAAGAGGUGGACGGCACUAUCAACCUCAACGCGCGAUUCAUGGCACAAUUGACCCGACUUAUGCUCCCAAUCCUCGCCAAGAACGGUCCUUCUUUGAUGCUCAACGUCAGCUCCGGCGGCAGAAUGGGAAUGCCUGGCGUGGCCGUGUACUCUGGAACUAAGGGUUUCGUUUCUUCCUUCAGCAACGCCAUCGCGAGAGAGAUGAAAGCCGAAAAGAAGAAGGUCGAUGUGCUUUGCCUUGUGGUUGGCGACGUGAAGACGCAGUCGAACGCUGUUGGCAUGGCACCGGGGUCACCAGACGGCAGAGAAUUCGCCAAGGCCGCCUUGAAGAGAGCGGGGAGAGCAACUCAAAGGGGCAUGCUGGAAAUGACGCCUUGGUUCAAACAUGCAGUCCAGUUGGUACUCUUCGAUUGUAUGCCUGAGUGGAUGCGGAUGAAGUUCAUGUCUGAGCUGUUCAAGAAGAAGAUUGAGGCUCAUAAGAAGGGUUACGGUUCUCAUUAUGCUUACUCCUACCUAGAUGCCACGCGUGUAAGUGUGCGGGGCCCCGCACGUGGAGAGAGGGCGCAUUAG